CCAAAGUCCGCUUCUCCAUCUCAUCAAACAUGGCGAGGAGGAGGUGGUGAGUGCUCAAGAUAGACGCGCUUUCCCAGGAGGGAGGGAGGAAAGCCCAAGGCGCUCUCUUGUCUCGCUAACCGGAUAAAGAAAAAGGGAAAUCAAGCUAUUUAUAAGCGGACUCUUUGGACUAUCCACCGGCGACACCAUGAGCGGCGGGCCGGACGAGAGCUCGGUGCGCGUAGCCCUGAGGAUCCGUCCUCAGCUGGCCAAGGAGAAGAUCGAGGGCUGCCACAUCUGUACGUAUGUGAUGCCCGGGGAGCCGCAGUUGGUCCUGGGUAAGGACAAGGCCUUCACUUACGACCACGUCUUUGACAUGGACACCCAGCAGCAAACCAUCUACACCCACUGCACCGAGAGCCUCAUCGAAGGCUGCUUUGAGGGCUACAAUGCCACUAUAUUUGCAUACGGACAGACGGGUUCGGGGAAGACCUACACCAUGGGAACCGGUUUCGACGUCAACAUCGAAGAAGACGAGCUGGGUAUCAUUCCCCGGGCCAUCAACCACCUGUUCAGAGGGGUCGAGGAGCGCAGACAGGCAGCCACCGAGCAGGGCAAGCCUGUUCCUGAGUUCAAGAUCAACGCACAGUUCCUGGAGUUAUACAACGAGGACGUGCUGGACUUGUUUGACUCGACGCGAGACAUUGAGGCCAGAAAGCAACGAUCCAACAUCAAAAUCCACGAGGACGCCAACGGAGGCAUCUACACCGUCGGGGUCACCACCCGCACCGUCACCUCUGCGUCUGAGAUGAUUCAGUGUCUGAAGCUGGGCGCUCUGUCUCGCACCACCGCCAGCACUCAGAUGAACGCCCAGAGUUCGCGCUCCCACGCCAUCUUCACCAUCCACCUGUGCCAAGUUCGAGUCUGUUCUCCCGAUAACGACGAUAAUGUAACAGACAACCGGCUAGCUAACAGCUCAGAGAUUAACGAGUUUGAGACGCUGACAGCCAAGUUCCACUUUGUGGACCUGGCUGGUUCUGAGAGACUGAAGAGAACUGGUGCAACAGGAGACAGGGCUAAAGAGGGCAUCUCCAUCAACUGUGGGCUGCUUGCUCUGGGAAACGUCAUCAGCGCUCUGGGAGACAGGAGUAAGCGCUCCACUCACGUGCCUUACAGAGAUUCCAAAUUGACCCGGCUGUUACAGGACUCGCUAGGCGGCAACAGUCAAACAGUGAUGAUCGCCUGUGUCAGUCCGUCGGACCGGGACUUUAUGGAGACCUUGAAUACUCUUAAGUACGCCAACAGAGCCCGAAACAUUAAGAACAAGGUGACGGUGAACCAGGACAGAGCCAGCCAGCAGAUCAGCACCCUCAGGACAGAGAUAGCGCGACUGCAGAUGGAGCUGAUGGAGUACAAGACGGGGAAGCGUAUGGUAGGUGAAGAUGGCAUUGAGGGCAUGAAUGACUUGGUCCAUGAGAACUCCAUGCUGCAAACAGAGAACAACAACCUGAGGGUGCGAGUGAAGGCCAUGCAGGAGACCAUCGAUGCCCAGAGGGCCAGGCUCACACAGAUCCUCAGUGACCAGGCCAACCAGGUCCUGGCUAAAGCAGGUGAAGGCAGUGAAGAGAUCGGGAACAUGAUUCAGAACUACAUCAAAGAGAUUGAGGAGCUCAGAGCUAAACUCCUUGAAAGCGAGGCUGUGAACGAGAGCCUCAGGAAGAGUUUGUCCCGGGCCUCCACACGCCCCUCGCUUUACGGCGGCCCCGGCCCUGCCCUACUUGCCCCUGAGAAGGAGGCCAGCGACGUCAUUGAGAUGGCCAAGAAAAGCCUGGAGAAACUAAAGAAGAAGGAGAGGAAGAAGAAGAAGAGACUGAGGCGAUUUGAGGAGAGUCACCACCACGAGGUUGAACAUACCAGUGUAAUCAGAGAGGAAGUGCCGGACAACGAGCACGAGCGGGGCAACGAGGAGGCAGAGGAGGUCAGCGACCACGAAGAAGGUGAGGAUGCGGAUGGAGAGGAGGAGGACUUUGACAUGGCGGGAGACGAGACGUCCGACGAUUCUGACUCCGACGAACUGGAGGAGAAAGAGAACGUCCAGGCCGAUCUAGCCAACAUCACCUGCGAGAUCGCCAUCAAGCAGAAGCUGAUAGACGAGCUGGAGAACAGCCAGCGGCGUUUGCACACUCUAAAACAGCAGUACGAGCAGAAGCUGGCCAUGCUGCACAACAAGAUCCGAGACACCCAGCUGGAGAGGGACAAGGUGCUGCAUAAUAUGGGUUCAGUGGAGACAGGUACGGAGGAGAAGGCCAAGAAGAUCAAAGUUGAGUAUGAGAGGAAGCUGAGCUCCAUGAACAAAGAGCUGCAGAAGCUCCAGUCGGCCCAGAAGGAGCACGCCCGCCUGCUGAAGAACCAGUCGCAGUACGAGAAGCAGCUCAAGAAACUCCAGCUGGAUGUGACCGAGAUGAAGAAGACCAAGGUGGCGCUGAUGCGUCAGAUGAAGGAGCAGCAGGAGAGGAACCGAGUCACGGAGUGCAGGAGGAACCGGGAGAUCGCCUCUCUGAAGAAAGACCAGCGCAGAUCUGAGCACCAACUGAAGCAGAUGGAGGCCCAAAAAAGACAGCAGGAGUUGAUCCUUCGCAGGAAAAAUGAAGAGGUGACAGCUCUUAGGCGGCAGGUGAGGCCCGUGUCUGGGAAGGUGAGCAGGAAAAUCAGCUUACCUGAACCCCUCCAAGAGCCGGCGCACAGAGCCCCCCCAGGAAGGAUGAGUACAUCCGGAGCGUCUGGAGUCAAUGGAGCCAGGAGUUCCCCGGUGCGGAUGGGAAGUACCUACCUCAGCAGGACGGCCAGGGCCAAAUGGCAGUCACUGGAGAGACGUGUCACUGACAUCAUCAUGCAGAGGAUGACCAUCUCUAACAUGGAGACAGAUAUGAACAGACUGCUGAAGCAACGGGAGGAGCUGACCAGGCGGAGGGAGCGUGUGUCCAGAAAGAGAGAAAAGAUGGCGGUGGAGGGUGCAGACGCCGACCGCUCCCUGGCCUCCCUGAACGAGGAGCUGGAGUCUCUGAGCGCCAAUAUCGACUAUAUCAACGACAGCAUCGCCGACUGCCAGGCCAACAUCAUGCAGAUGGAGGAGGCCAAGGAGGAAGGAGACACAGUGGAUGUUACUGCGGUGAUCAGCUCCUGUAAUUUAUCAGAAGCGCGCUUCCUUCUGGAUCAUUUCAUGACAAUGGCCAUCAGUAAGGGCCUGCAGGCGGCUCAGAAGGAUUCCCAGCUGAAGGUGAUGGAGGGCCGGUUGAAGCAGACGGAGAUCAACAGCGCCACCCAGAACCAGCUGCUGUUCCACAUGCUGAAGGAGAAAGCAGAAAUCAACCCGGAGCUGGACGCUCUGUUGGGCAGUGCUCUGCAAGAGUUAGGUUACCUGUCACCAGAGAAUGGAGAUGACAGCAGUAGUGACGAGUCCACCCCCAGUCCAGCUGCAGAGGGCAGCACGCUGGCAUCAGAUCUAAUGAAGUUAUGUGGGGAAUCCAGACCGAGAAGCAAGGCUCGGAGACGAACCACCACCCAGAUGGAGCUGCUGUAUGCUGGCAGUGGGGAUCCGUCUUGUGAAUCUCCCACUGGAGACUUCUCUGUCCCUCUACUGCCGCUCUCAGAGCGCCUCGAAGGCUCGGCAGACAUGCAGGGCGACGCGCUUGGUCAAACCCCUGACCGAGAGCAAACUGUUUCCCCAUCUGCUCUGUCUGCCAGGCCAGUUGGCAUUUCUGGAUCAAGGUCUCCUACAGGGACUGAGAGGAGGCUGCUGGAGCGUUCGCCGCUCAGCCGAAGGAAGGUGCAAGAGAAAGGAGCCACGGCGACACACAUCCCAGCACCCACACACACACACACACUUGCGCUUAACACAGCAGAAGCUAAAGCGAAAGGCAGUGACCACAAAUCAAUGUUGGAGGACGCAUCUGUAUUUGAAGGCCAUAGAGGUGUGAUCAACCCUGUAAUGGCCCCAAAGAACAACCGUGGGGCCAAACUUCAGUGUGUCUACGUAGCCGAGGGGCACACCAAACCUGUUCUCUGCGUAGAUGCCACAGAUGAUCUGCUCUUCACAGGAUCCAAAGACCGUACAUGUAAAGUCUGGAACUUGGUGACAGGUCAGGAGAUCAUGUCUCUUGCAGAUCAUCCCAGCAGUGUCGUCUCAGUCAGGUAUACUUCUAGUCUCGUCUUUACUGUUUCCACCGCUUACAUCAAAGUGUGGGACAUACGAGACUCCGCCAAGUGUAUCCGCACACUCACGUCAUCAGGCCAGGUGGGUUCAGGGGAUAUCUGUUCCUCUGUCAGGAGUUUAUCCAUCCCACCGGGUGAGAGUCAGAUCAACCAGAUCGCUCUCAACCCUUCUGGCACCUUCCUUUAUGCUGCCGCUGGCAAUGCUGUGCGCAUGUGGGACCUCCGCAAGUUUGUGUCCACGGGGAAGCUGACUGGCCAUUUGGGACCUGUCAUGUGUCUGACUGUUGACAAAUUAGGUAAUGGACAAGACGUAGUCCUCACUGGCUCCAAAGACCAUCAUAUUAAAAUGUUUGAGGUGGCAGAAGGUGCUCAGGGCAGCAUCAGCUCUAGCCAAACGUUUGAUCCUGCUCAUCAGGACGGUGUGGAGUCUCUGACCGUGCACGGAGAUGUUUUCUACAGCGGCUCCAGAGACUACUACAUCAAGAAAUGGGACUUAGGCAGUAAACAGCUGCUACAGCAGUCUGUCAGUGCCCAGGCAGACUGGGUUAGCGCUCUGGGCGUUGUGCCAGGCUCCCCGGUGCUGCUUAGCGGCUGCAGAGGAGGGCUGCUGCGCCUCUGGCACGCCGACUCGCUAGCACCCCUCGGUGAGGUCCGGGGACACGAUAGUCCCAUCAACGGCCUUGCAACCAACAGCAGCCAACUGUUCACUGCCUCAGAUGACCGCACAGUGAAGAUUUGGGAAGCCAAAGGAUCUCUGGAGGAAGGAGUCCACUGACACCCGCAUCCUCAGCAUCACAGAAUGGAACUGAAAUUAAGGAUCGUCUGCUGACCUUUACCCAAUCAAAAACUAGAAAUCAACCAUGACUUGAUGAAGUCCCAGUUUUCAAAAGAAUUCUACUGAUCCUUCAAAGAUGCUGCACAGGGAUCAGUUUCAGGGAAGUCUAAUUAGAUGCGACACUCUUUCAAGCUGAGUGUGUUUACUGAUAUUUUACGU